AUGAGUUCACUCCAGAGACAUUUUCUGAGAAGGGUUGUUCAGGGUGUUGGUAGAGAGAGGAAGAGUCGUUGGAGUUUGAUUACUGAGAGGAAAAUGGCUAAUGUUGUGAAUGACGGUGGUGAUUCGACGGAGAAGAUCGUCAAUGGCGCCGUCGGGGGUGGUGGUGGUGUUGAGGACGUGUAUGGUGAGGAUUUCGCCACGGAGGAGCAGUUCCUAACCCCUUGGGCUGUCUCCAUUGCUAGUGGGUAUAAUUUGAUGAGGGAUCCAAGGCACAACAAAGGGACAGCAUUCACAGAGAAAGAGAGGGAUGCUCAUUACCUGAGAGGUCUUCUUCCCCCAGCCAUAUUCACUCAGGAACUUCAGGAAAAGAGGUUGAUGCACAACCUUCGUCAGUUCGAAGUUCCUCUCCAGAGAUACAUGGCCAUGAUGGAUCUUCAGGAGAGGAAUGAAAGGUUGUUCUACAAGCUUCUGAUUGAUAAUGUGGAAGAGCUUCUGCCAGUCGUGUAUACUCCUACAGUUGGCGAGGCUUGCCAGAAGUAUGGCAGCAUUUUCAGGCGUCCCCAGGGGCUUUAUAUCAGCUUGAAAGAGAAGGGAAAGAUUCUUGAAGUACUUAAGAACUGGCCAGAGAGGAACAUUCAGGUCAUUGUUGUUACUGAUGGUGAGCGGAUUCUUGGGCUUGGAGACCUUGGCUGCCAGGGAAUGGGAAUUCCCGUUGGGAAGCUUUCUCUGUAUACAGCACUCGGAGGAAUCCGUCCAUCAGCAUGCCUGCCAAUCACAAUUGAUGUUGGUACAAACAAUGAGAAGCUGUUGAAUGAUGAGUUCUACAUUGGUCUUAAACAAAGGAGGGCAACAGGACAGGAAUACGCUGAACUUCUGGAAGAGUUCAUGACUGCAGUUAAGCAAAAUUACGGGGAGAAAGUCUUGGUACAGUUUGAAGACUUUGCAAAUCACAAUGCAUUUGACCUUCUAGAGAAGUACACUCGGAGCCAUCUUGUUUUCAAUGAUGAUAUUCAGGGCACGGCAUCUGUAGUUCUGGCAGGGCUAAUUGCGGCUCUCAAGUUGGUUGGUGGAACCUUAGCAGACCAUAAGUUCCUCUUUCUGGGAGCUGGCGAGGCUGGUACUGGCAUAGCUGAGCUUAUAGCACUGGAAAUUUCCAAGCAGACGAAAGCUCCUGUAGAAGAGACCCGGAAGAAGAUUUGGCUUGUGGAUUCAAAGGGGCUCAUUGUUAGUUCUCGCAAGGAGUCCCUUCAGCAUUUUAAGAAGCCCUGGGCUCAUGACCAUGAACCUGUGAAGAACCUCCUAGAUGCUGUUAAGGCAAUCAAGCCAACAGUUUUGAUAGGAUCAUCUGGAGCUGGUAAAACAUUCACUAAGGAGGUGGUUGAGGCAAUGGCCUCCUUCAAUGAGAAACCACUGAUUCUUGCUCUCUCAAAUCCCACGUCUCAGUCGGAAUGUACAGCCGAGGAAGCAUACACAUGGAGCCAGGGUCGUGCCAUCUUUGCUAGUGGAAGUCCAUUCGACCCGGUCGAGUACAAUGGCACACUGAUGGUGCCAGGACAGGCAAACAAUGCAUACAUAUUCCCCGGGUUUGGUCUUGGGCUGAUCAUGUCUGGGGCGAUCCGUGUCCACGAUGACUUGCUCUUAGCAGCCUCGGAAGCUUUGGCAGUGCAGGUAGAAGAUGAGCAUUUCGAGAAGGGACUGAUAUAUCCACCAUUUACCAACAUAAGGAAGAUAUCAGCUAAUAUUGCUGCAAAGGUUGCUGAUAAGGCUUAUCAACUAGGUCUGGCCUCCCGCCUUCCUAGGCCAAAGGAUCUGGUGAAGCACGCUGAGAGCUGCAUGUACAGCCCUCUCUACAGGACUUAUCGUUGA